AACUAUAACUUGCUGCGGACAUUGUGCGGUAAAAUAUAGCAAGAUUGAAAUUUUGUUGAUGAUUUCACAAUGAAGGAAGGCGAAUCAAGUGAUGGCAAAGAUUUGAAUUUUAGUUUUAGUCUAGAGAUUCAUGCAGCUGCCCUCGAAGUAUUUGAUGAUGUCUUUAACGCAGCAAUGAAAGAUUUCGAUGAACCUUUGCAAAUGAUCAAAGAAAACCGUUUUGGAUUGAUUUGGCGUGACGAAAUGGAACUUCACGAAAAGAUUAUGUCAUUUGCCGGGUCGUUUCAGCAAACUCUGAAAAAUUCCUUCGCCUCCAAUCAUGCUAAAGCCGCACAGCACAUUAAAGGAAGUACUUGCGACAUGUUUCUUUCAUAUUUACAUGAGAAACUGGAUGAGUCUUUACUUAGUGAAGAAAUUUUUAGGUUUUCUCGCGACGAAAUUAAGGAGCAGAUUGGAAAAAAGAUUAUAAGUUUAAAGAAUAUGCUAGAAAUGGAACACAAGCUUGAAGAGAAGCCUAAAUCUCAUCUGGAAGAGUGGAUAUCUGCAACGAAUCUGUUCGAUGAAAUUCACAUUCACCAUUCGUUGCUGUGUUGUCAACUUGCGUACAGCUGUAAAGACCCCGAACACAGAAUGGAAGACCUUAACGAAAUGUGCAAAAUGACAAAAGAACAUUUGCUUAGCCAUGUUUAUGUUUCUUAUGAAAACGAACAUGUACCAAAAUAUGUAAUGGCAGAGUGUGGUGAUGUUAUCUAUGUGAGCUUCAAGAGACUACAGUCUUACACCUGGCCCCGCUUGGAAGCUAACUAUAGAGGUGAAAUUUAUUCAUGGGUGAAAAGAGAAGCUGAAAAAAUCCCACUGAUGUAUUUUGCAAUGGCAUUCAUUCAAAAAUAACGAUUAGUUUUCUCAGGACAUUCAAGUGGUGGAGCUAUUGCAUCUUUAGUUAUGAUAUUCUUAUUGGAGGAAUUUAAGUCCCAUGGCGAAUCACGCUUAAAAGAUUGCUUCAAAUGUAUAACUUUUGGUCUUAUGCCAAUUGCAGACAGCAUGUUCAAAAAAUAUGUCGAGUCAAUACCUGGUGCAAAAGAAUGUUUCAGUCAUAUCGUUCAAAAGGAUGAUAUAAUACCAAAACUAUUUGGAGCGUUUAAUACUUCGGAUUUGGAGAAGGAGCUGUGGAAUAUUGUGAAAACUAUCAUUGAGCAGUCUUUCAACUUUGAGGAACUUAAGAAAUCUAGAUGGUGGUCAAUGCUCAAUAUGGGCACUGGCAAUGAAGAAUUUCCUCGUCCUUUUGGACACUUGAUGGGAUUCGAUCGUUUGGACAUUUUUGGAGUAUAUUACAUUUUGAAGACAUCGACUAGUUCAAAGUACAAAAAAUUACCUGCAUCAGAAGCUGUUGAUUACCUACGAAUAAGUGAGAACGAUGGCAUCACGAGUUUACGUAAACAGUAUUUUAUAAACCAUAGUUUUAAGAGAUACGUUCAUGAAGUAGAGAUUGCUUUUCUACAAAGUCUUCGAGAUCUGAAGCCUUUCAAGACAAAUAUGAAUCAUAUUUCAUCAGAAAAUGAAGUUAGCCCGAAAGUAUCUACCGUUCAUUUCGAACACAUUGGUGAAGAUGUUGCUGUGAAAGUAUCCGGAAAUGGAAUGUGGUUUGUAUAUGAGCUGUCGAUCUAUUGUGAACAAUUUUGUUGUGAAAAUAUGUUAGUGGACGUUAUUAAAUCCUCUGAAUCCGAAGUUCAGACAAGAAUAAAAGAAAAAACCGUUCAUUAUGAAAAAGAAGUGAGGGUUCAAGUGAAGACACACUUUGAAAAUUCAAAAUAUCUUCCGUCGUUUGACCAUGUAACUGCUAAAACCACGACCUACUCUGUUGCACAAAGGCAACAACAACUUGCAAAACACCGUCCCAGCGAAAUAAUUGAACUAGCUUUUCUCAGUGCCAGUGGCGUAGCUAGCGGUCUGGCUGGUCGGGCCCAGCCCGACCAAAUAUUUUCCCAAAAAUGA